AAACAUACUGUGUGUACAGCGAUGAUACGUCGAAUCGCUGUAACUACAAUUAAUAGCCACGAAAUUAGGCAAAACAGAAUACACGAUGAGGCCGCCAAUGACCUGGAUAAUGUCUUCGCGGAUAGCAUCCCAGACAACGAGGAGGAAUCCGACCAGGGUGGAUUACUUAGUGUAGAUACAUUGGGUGGUAUACCUCGAAGGAAUUCUCUCAGAAGAGACUCGUUGAACAUAAGGAAAAACUCUCUCCCUGUUGUGGAGAGGAGACACUCGUUGGUGAGGAAGCGAAGCGACGCUGCUGAAAGGGCAUUGGUAGAGAGGCGAAUUUCACUAGACUCUGGCACCAGGAGGAUGUCAACUGGAGUGGAACACAAGGAGGGAUCGACGGAGAGACCAACAUCCAUUUUACGAAAAGAUUCGACAACUGGCAUCCGACGUAAGGACAGCAUUAAACGACGACGCAGCAGAAUUAGUGAAGUAACGAACUAUGGGCGCGACAUAGAAGCGUACAACGCGAUAAGAACAAAAAUAGUUGACAGCUCAGAGCUUCUAAACAUCACGUCAUCUUUAAGAGAGCGUAUGAAAAUGCUACAGUUUAUGUACGACGACUGUAAGGAUAUGAUAGAUAGACGAUCUUUCUUCAAGAUGGAAUCACCGACUGAGUUUAAGCAUGGCGAGGAUACGGGAUACGACCAUAUGUGAUGAUGAACAUACGAUACGUAUACAAGAAACAUGUUGAAUGAGGGAAAUCAGCGGCAUCUUCACAAGUUCUUUAUGUUCGUCCAGUCAUACCAUUGGUUUUCAACUAGAAAUUCUUUAGCUCAUUCUGACUGACGGAAUAAAACAAAAUGGCGGUCUUAUCACUAACUUUUCACACACAAAUUAAUUAACUCCUGUGUAAGAAAACUCUACACUUUAAACACUAAUUGUAAUUUUGAUUUUUGAAGUGUAGUGUAGAGAAACACAACUCAUUGCCUGAGAGAGAAACAUGUUAUCCCAAAAUCGUAACAACUUAAAACACUGAUUAUCAAUGAACUAUAUAAUGAAGCUUAUUUUCCAUUGUGAGUGAUCACUGUCUUCUCUCUGACAUCUCACUAUUGAAGGUUUUUACCAUUGGAGCCUAUGACAAAGCUAAAUAAAUAAAAACAAGUGCGUGUUGACAUCUAUUUACAGUCCUAUUUAUUCAGCUAUAUAGCAACUUGCUUAUUCCUUUCAGCAAUGAAACAGAAAGAUGUGUUCCCUCUUCAAAACAGAGGCAAAAGAGGCAUCAACGAUCUUUGAUACUGCUUUGUGGAAUUCUUUAAAGAUUUCGAAAAAAGACAAGAUGCAUAUAUGUAAAAGUUAAGUUGAUAUUUGAAAAACACUAAAU